AUGUGGUUCUCCGUUCUGCUACUUGUUUACGCGUCGUGCCGCGGGGCUUCGGCCGCUCCCGCGGCCGCCUCCCCCGCCCUGGAGGAGGCUUACCUGGCGGUGGCGGGCGCCGUGGCCCCCGGGCAGCGGCUUCUGACGGAGGACUCGGUCCGCUCGCUCUUUAAUACGCUGCGGCACCGUGUGCAGUGCGGCGAGGUGCCGUGUGAAGAGGUGAGUUAUAUGGGGCUAUCUCUGCCGCCAGGUCAGAGAGCCGGUCCGCAGCUGACCCACAAUCACACCAUCCACAGGCAGGAAGGACCCAGGAACGGCGGAGAAAACGCAACCAUCAGCGUGACUCAGUUCCCCGCUCUGGCUGCGGGCAGCUUGCUCUUUCUGGCCGGUCCUGGCCGGGUCUGUGCCGCCAUAAGGCGAGGGCAGUGGGCCCAGGAGACCCAACAGUUUCUGCACAAAUUCACACAUCACGACCACGCCGAACACCAGAGAGAGGAGCACCACGACCACAGUCACAUAGAUGUCCAUGGGACAGAGGCUCUACUUCAAGAGCUGCACAACCACUAUGAGCCGUCACACACGGAGGACACCCAUGGCUGUGUGACAGCCAGCAGCAUUAUGGAAGAGGCUGACCCAUCAGCAGCACACCAAAUCAAGGAAGUGGGUCCAGUCCUGGGCCGUGUCCUGUACCACGUCUUGCUAGGUCACUGCCUCACUGGUCAGCGUCUGCCUGAUGAGCAUUUCUUCCUGGACUACAUCAUGCACCAACUGGGUUCUGAGAAUUUCACUGUUCACGAUUUGGAGGCUCUAAUGAGGAGCUUGGGCAUCGGAACAGAGAACAGCCAUGAAGACGGGCACCAGCACGGGCACGGACACGAGCACGGACAUGAGGAUAACGAUGAGCAAGCUGAGCAUGCUCAUCACUAUCAUAGCAAACAUGGAGGGGGUCAUGCAGAGCAUCAAAGUAACAAUACCUUGGAGCAUCGCUGUUUCUCAGCUGAGCAGUUGGUUCUGAUCCACGGUCUGGCUGACAACGGCUCCUCUGAAAUGGGUCGGCCCGAACUGGCUCGGCUCACCCCCGCGUUCAUCCAGCAGAUCCUGAGUGGGUCCUGUAAAGAUGUCACAGAACCAGCCACACCAGACGGGCUCUCGAAGACAGAGAGAUACCUCUAUGCAACCCUUGCCAACUCGAUAAUAACCUUGUUUUCGAUGUUCGGCAUAGUGUUACUGCUGUGUACGUCGUGUACCAGUGUUUUCCAGUUUUGCAUCCAGUUUUGUGUCAGCAUGGCCGUAGGCUCGCUGACAGGAGAUGCCCUGCUGCACCUGCUGCCCACAGUACUGGGCGUGCAUGUGCACUCAGAUGAAGGCAGCAGCCGUCAUCAAUCAGACCAUAGCCAACACGAAGAAACUCCAGACUACAUAUACAAGAUGCUGGCAGGGAUUUGUGGGAUCUACUUAUUUUACCUGAUGGAAAAAAUCUUCUCCCUGAUCAAACAUAAAAAUCAUUCCCACCACCAUCACCAUCACCACCAUGGGGAGGAAUCAGAGCCUCACCACUGUGACCAUGGAAGGGUUUUAGAAAUGUACCAGCACGAAAGGAAACAGAGAGACAAGUCACAGUCCUCGUCAAAAGCAGACCUGGUUGGCAGUGGAGACAAAGGCAAAUCUCUUUCAGAGCUGACAGAGCGCCAGAGAGAGCAGCGCCUGCUGCCGUACAUGAUCACCAUAGGUGACACCAUCCACAACUUUGCGGACGGAUUAGCAGUGGGCGCGGCCUUCUCCCUGUCCUGGAGGUCCGGCCUGUCCACGUCGCUGGCCGUCCUCUGCCAUGAACUACCGCACGAGCUCGGCAAGUGAUUUUGCCAUUCUUCUCCACAGUGGCCUGUCUGUACGUAAGGCGUUGCUGUUAAACUUGGGGAGUGCCAUGUCAUCAUUUAUUGGCCUGUAUAUCGCGCUCUCUGUCGCAACUGACCUUGCAGCCAAACAGUGGAUAACCGCUGUGGCAGCAGGACUCUUUCUCUAUGUGGGACUUUCUGAUAUGCUUCCCACAUUGAUCCACAAUAACAGCAGGAAACCGUGGCUAACGUUUCUGAUUCAGAAUUUUGGUCUUCUGACUGGAUGGGGCGUUUUACUUCUCCUCUCACUUUACGAAGAGAAAAUCACCUUCUGAUAUAUUCCAAAAGACACCAGUGAGCCCAUCUCGUUUUAGGGAUUAGCAAGACAGAUUUCUAGCAACGAUCACACAAUCUUGGCUGUCUAUGAACCUUUUCUUUUGUUUGUUUUUUUUUACCAUGGCCACCAGGAUACGACUCUAAUCUGGAGUAGAAACUGCUCCACUUCGACACGUCCAGCACCUUCACCUCCUUUUUUCUUUCCUUGAAAAAUUAUUUAAACGUGCUGCGACAUACAAAUAAGCUUCACCCCCCCCCCCAGCAUAAAUUGUGGGCAAAAUGAUAAAGUAAUCCAAACAUAAAACAAAACAGACUAUACAUACUGUAUUUUUGUAUUUUUCUUCAAAUUUGGAAGUUGUAAUGAAUUGCAAAUAUUUAGCAGAGAGAUAAAGCCCAUGCGAUAUCAUUGAGAAAACCAUUAAGAAAAAAAUAGUUAUUUUUUCUAUAAAGACAGGUGCUAGACAGGCAAUACUGUUAAGUUUGUUUCCCAAAAUGACCAGUUGAAUGAAAAAAAAAAUCUUUCCACUAUGUUUAUCUCUGAAAAACAAAUAAACUUUGAUUAAAAUAA